UAUCUCUAGUCUCUCAUGGCUCUUUCAUCUUCGCGUAGCUGGAGAUAUAACGUAUUCUUAAGCUUCCACGGGCCUGACGUCCGCAGUUCAUAUCUGAGUCACUUACGCAAACAGUUCGAACGCAAUGGAAUCAUAACGUUCAAUGAUCAAGAGAUCGAGAGAAGCCAGACCAUUAAACCCGAGCUCACUCGGGCAAUACAAGAAUCAAGAAUCUCGAUUGUGGUGCUCUCCCAGAACUAUGCUUCUUCGAGUUGGUGCUUGAACGAGCUGGUGGAGAUUUUGGAUUGCAAGGAAACCGGACAGAUAGUGAUGACGGUUUUCUACAAAGUGAACCCAUCUGAUGUGAGGAAGCAAAUCGGAGGAUUUGGGAAGGCUUUCAAGGAAACUUGCCAAGGGAAAACGGAGACGGAGAUACAGAGUUGGACUAAAGCUUUGACAUAUGUAGCCAACAUAGAAGGAGAACACUCCUUGAACUGGGUAAAUGAAGCGGAUCUGAUUGAGAAAAUUGCCACCGAUGUUUCGAACAAACUAAAUGCGUCAUUGUCAAGAGAUUUUGAUGGCAUGGUGGGACUUGAAGAUCAUUUGGGAAAAAUGAAGUCUUUGUUACAUUUAGAAAACAAUGAAGCGAUGAUUAUUGGAAUCUCUGGUCCGGCAGGCAUUGGUAAGACUACCAUUGCGAGAGCUUUAUUCAAUCAACUCUCUUUUUCUUUUCCGCUUAGAUAUUUUAUGGGAAAUGUCAAGGGGAGUUAUAGGAGAACUGAUUGUGAUGAGCAUGGCUUGAAGUUGCGUUUACAAGAACAACUACUUAGGAAAAUUUUGAACCAAAAAAGAAUGAAGAUAAGUCACUUAAAUGUAAUAUACGAAAGGCUAGGCAACCAAAAGGUUCUUAUCAUUCUCGAUGAUGUGGAUCAUCUUGAGCAGUUGGAUGCACUGGCUAGAGAUAUUUCUUGGUUCGGACAUGGAAGUAGGAUUAUUGUGACAACGGAAGAUCAAGAGCUUUUGCAGCAACAUGGUAUCAACAAUGUAUACAAUGUGGCUUUUCCAUCUAGUGAAGAAGCUCUUGGGAUUUUUUGUCUAUCUGCUUUCAAACAAAUUUCUCCACCUGAUGGUUUUGGGAGGCUUGCGGAACGAGCAGCAGAGCUUUGCAGUAAUCUUCCGUUGGGUCUCUGCGUUGUGGGAUCAUCUUUGCGUAAGAAGAAGGAGGACGAGUGGGAAGUUGUACUGCAUAGACUAGAAACUAGUCUUGAUCGAGAUAUCGAGAGAAUACUUAAGGUCGGGUAUGAUGGCUUACAUGAGAAAGAUCAAGCUCUGUUUCUAUACAUUGCUGUCUUCUUCAACUAUACAAAGUGUGACCAUUUGAGUGCCAUGCUUGCUGACUUAGAUGAAAGACACGGGUUGAAAACCCUAGUUGAUAAAUCUCUCAUAUGUAUAUCUACCAAUGGGGAUAUACAGAUGCACAAGUUACUACAACAAGUGGGUACACAAGAAAUUAAAAGACAAGAGCCUUGGAAACGACACAUCUUAAUCGACCCUUAUGAGAUUUGUGAUGUCCUUCAAUCUAACACAGGUACUGGUACUGUGAUGGGUAUAUCUUUUGAUAUAACUGAAAUCAGCAAAGUGUCUAUAAGCAAGAAAACCUUUAGAAGAAUGUGUAAUCUCCGAUUCCUCAGAGUCUACAAAAGAAGAAUUGAUAAAAAUGUUGAAGUGCACAUACCAGAAGAAAUGGAGUUUCCACAUGGACUGAGGUUACUACAUUGGAAGGCAUACCCAAGCAAGUGUCUCCCUCCUACGUUUCACCCUGAAUAUCUUGUGGAACUCAAUAUGCAGCACAGCCAGCUCGAAAAGCUUUGGGAAGGAACCCAGCCGCUUACAAAUCUCACGAAGAUGAAUUUGUCAGGGUCAGGGAAUUUGAAAGAGGUUCCAGAUCUUUCAAAUGCCAAGAACCUCGAGUUACUGGAUCUGAGCGGCUGCAUGAGUUUGGUAGAGAUUCCAUCCUCUAUUUCAAAUCUUCAUAAACUACAGGAACUGAUGAUGAUGUUCUGCAUAAACCUAGAAGUAAUUCCAGAGGGGUUGAACUUGAUGUCUAUUGAAACAGUCAAUAUGGUGGGAUGCUUACGAUUAAGAACCUUUACCCCAAGUUUCAUGUCUUUCAACCUAAGACAUAUUUUUCUUACCAGAUGCGAGAAACUCCAAUCAUUGCCAGACAUUGUUUCUACUGAACUCAUAACACUAAAUGUGAACGGUUGCCAGUCACUCCAAAGAGUACCCAACUGUUUUCACUCUACAAAAGUGGCACUCAAUUUCACCAAGUGCUUCAAUCUGAGCCAAGAAGCAAGAAAAUCGAUAAUCCAAAGAUCAUUUCUAGACGGCCGAAAAUAUGUGGGGACUCGGUCUAGUAAUAAGUGGGCGAGGUUACCUGGGUGGGCAUGCUUACCUGGAAACGAAGUACCUGCAGAGUUCAAUCACAGAGCCAAAGGAAAUUCUCUGACCAUUCUUCCUGAGAGUAGUGACAAGCCUCUUUACGCUUCAGCAAUUUUCAAGAUUUGCAUCGUGAUUUCUCCGAAGAACAAGGUAGGAUCUAACCUUCCAAAAAUAAUAUGUCUUCGCAUGAACAAAUUCGUCUGCUCCUGCCCAUGUUACGACUUCCAAGUCUACAACAAAAUCUCAAUGUCUUCAGUUUUCGCUCACCUUUCAACGGAGCAUCUGUUCGUAUUUCUCUAUGUUUUGGACCAAAAAGACCAUUCACUUGGCGUCCUCAGCGAGAUACUGUUCAAAAUCGAGAGCGGACCGAACUUCGAGAUUACUGAAUGUGGCGCGCAGAUGUGGACGGAAGAAACCCCUGCCUUAGAGACUAUUGAAUGUGGUGCGGAAGAAACCGAAAACGUUGACGAGGGAAAAUCGCGUAGAAGUUUCUGGAGUUGUCUCCUACUCUGCUGCUUCAUCGUCUGCUGCAUUGUGAUCUUUGCUUGGGGGAAGAAGACAAUAGAUUUUUAAUUUUCAGUGUAGAGAGGAUUUCGUGGUCGCAUAUAAGACUGUAUACGUAAGCCUAAUUAGCCAGCAUGAGAGGAUUUCAUAGUCCUAACUGCAAGCGGUUGCGAUUCAUUCCAAAGAGUACCUAGCUAGCUGUUUCGGGUCUACACAAGUGGAGCUCAAUUUUUUCUAACUGCUUCAAACUGCGCCAAUGAGCAAUAAGAUAUGGAGAUGGAACAGAUAUGAGCUUAAUUUUUUCUUUUAGUUUAACAUUUUUAAUUCUGAUGCCUUUUUUUCUCCCUUGAAAAGUGUUUUUGUAAGUGAUUUUUAGUAAAUAAUCUAUCUAUACUAUUAUUUGCAAAAUAAAUUUUUGGAAUCGAGCUCUCAUGUUAAAAGUU